GCUAAAGAUGCUAUGUUAGGACAAAUCGUUUAUGAGGAAUAUUGCAAUUGUUUGCUUGAAAUGUUCCACGGAAUCUUUGGCAAUUCACAACGAAACGUGCGACGGAGUGAUUUAUUGAUUUCGUUGUGCAAAAGAGAUUAUCUGUUGGGUGGAUGAAGAAUACCGAAUCUCUACCCCGAAAUAAUUUUUAAUACUGUAUUCGAUUUUAUUUUUUUUUUCUAACAUGAAUGCUGUUAUCGGCUGGAUGCAUUAAAGGAAAUUCGAUAUUUUUAAAAUUUCGAGCAGCACUAAAAGUUGAUAUUGCGUUUUAAAGCUCAGUAGUUACUGAAACGUACUUUUACCAGCAGUAUUAGUGGUCCUAAUCUUGUGUGGCAAAUAAAAUUUAGGUAUUUAUGGAAAAUUAUCUAAUUUAAUUUAAAAAAAUUAAUAAAAGUGACAAUGUGAUUGAUUUGCACUAUUUCGAAGUGUACUAAGUGUUUCGAAGUGUUUAAAUUUGAAACUCUUUUAUCUAACUGUUGCAGCGGAAGAAAUGUAAAAAAAUUUCUAGUUGUGGUGAUAGAACACCUAACAAGAUUUACAAAUGAUGCAGUAAUAUAUUACUGGUUCGGAUAUUUUGUAACAUUUGUAGCCUUUAAAAGUUAAAAUAAGAAAAGCAUAUGACUUUGUUUUUUACUUAUUUUGUACUUACGAAUUCCUUCAGUUGAAUAAUUGCACUAAAAGUAUGAAAACUUAGGAAAGAUAUCCUGAUGUAAUGCCGAGAAGGAAUAAUAACAGUACAAGUGUACAUUUACAAUUAAUAUAAAGUAAAGAAUAAUUUGCGUAAAUAAUUGCUUACUGCUUCGUUAAAAUGUUUAAUUAUAAACGCUAAACAGGUUUAAAACAUAUUAUUUGGCUUAGAAAAUGUUUCAGAUUGAUAUUUUCUUCAAGUAAAAAUUGUUUUCCUAAUAUCUACAAGAGGAUCAACGUUUAUUAUUAACUUAUUAGUGCCACAAAAAAUGGCAUUUACCUGUGUCACAAUUUUGAUUGACUCGUCAGUGGGAUCCUGCAGAGAAAAUAUGCUUCUAGGAACACAAAGCAUUUUUGUCAUUGGCUCUACUUUUGAUUGAAGAUCUGUAAAAAGAUGGCUAAGCUUCCGACGUUAGUUCGAAUUCCUCUCAUGAUGAUCUUAAUUCGUCACAUAUGGUGCAGUGAGCUUCAAAGGAAAGAGUUGAUCGAAGAAUCUGUUCGAAAAUUCCUGGGUGUGAAAUCUAAUUCUGAAGGAAUACCUUUACAAGGGAAAGAUAUCUCCCUACCCCCAAGGUAUAUGAUGGAUCUGUACGAAAAGUAUAGAUCAGGAGAGAAGCCAAUGCAGGGAAAUACCGUUCGAAGCAUCUUAGCGAUGAAAGACUCAAUUGAUGGAACUGAAAUACUCAUAUUCAAUUUGACUGGAAUUAAACCAACUGAGCAAAUUUUACAAAGUAAACUUUUUCUCUUAAAGCGACAGAAGUUUAAACCCAAAAGGAAAAGAGAUUUCUUUAAUUUCAGAUUACAAAUUGGAUGUCUUCCAAACAUGUCUUCAUUUCGUUCUAUCGACAUUUCAUUGACGCGGCAAAAACCCGAGUGGCAAUCGUACGAUAUUUCAAGCUCUGUAGUUUCUUGCAGAGUUUCAAGAAAAGACGGUGAUCAACUACUGGGCUUGAUUCUUCAGGUUAAGCGACCAAAAGGAGUUUUGCGACCUGUGAACUUCAGGCGGCUUAUUAAAGCUACUUCACAACCUUUUGUUCUAAUAUUUUCCGAAGAAUAUGAACUUCAAGCAAAGCAAUCUAAAAAGAUAAACUCUGGUGAUUCUUUUGCAGAGAUUGGAAGUCUUUUUAGACCUUCAGUAAGUUCUUCGGAUGAAAGUGAUAAAACUGAUUCCAUGAAACAUUCUCUUUCUAGGAGAAAAAGAUCAGAUUCUUUCGCAAUACGUCAUGAAGCGCAGAAACGUUUCGUGAAAAAAAAUAUUUUAUGUGAUAAUAGAGAUAAAUCAUCAUUAGAUGAACUCUUCUAUUCUUUCUUAAAGAAUUUGACUCAAAUAACUCAUUCAGAGUCGAAGGCAUCAAAAGGUACUGAUGACAGAUUGAAAAAACUGCAGAUAGUUUCAGUACUUAAUGGAGCGAAAACUGCUUCGGAAGGAAGAAAAAAAUAUCAUUAUCUUCAAUCGAACGACAAUGGAUGGCUUUCUUCUGAUUUUCCAACAGUCGGGUUAACUACUGAUACAUUUUUAAAAGUAUUAAAUGAGGAAGAAAAGGACAAUGUCAAGAAGUUCCUACAUCCAUUUUUAAAAGCUAUGGCUGAAUCACAAAGAACAUUGAAAAAGAAGCGCAGAAAUUCAAGUCCACUGUCUCCACUAGCAAAAAAAUUACAUUCGUUGUCCAUAAAAGCUGAGACUGAUUCUCCACAAAGUAUGCUGAAAAGGAAGAGUAACGUAUUAAGUUCACUGUCAAACAAAGUGAAUGUUACAGGGUUCAAAGCUGAAACUGGUGUAUCAACGAAUACAACUAGGAGUAAACGCAGCGUAUUGAGUGCAAUCCAAUAUUCCGCAAAAUCAAAAGAAAGCGAUUCUUCAGCAAAGUCCUUGCAGACGUUAGAAGAGAAACCUUCCCGUAAAUCGAACUCAGUAUCACAAUCUCGUCACCGUAACAAAGAAAGAAAUGGUGGUAGAACAGACAGAAAGCGCAAAAGAAGGCGUAAUCGUAAAUUACCUUCAUGGUGGACAGGGCACGAGAAUCGUCUCCAUUCUCAGGAUUAUGGAAGACUAUGUCAGAGGAAAAGCUUGAUGGUGGACUUCUCCGAAUUAGGCUGGGAUGAUUGGAUUAUAUCGCCUAAAACUUUUAAUGCUCAUUACUGCGCAGGAACCUGUUCAUUUCCUUUAAUUAAGGAAGCGAAACCAUCCAAUCAUGCUGCAAUACAAAGCCUGAUUCACGCCACUGGAAUUAACCCUAACGUUCCAUCCCCUUGCUGUGUUCCUUCAGUAACACGCUCACUGACAUUACUUUAUUUUGAUGAAAAUGGUGGACUUGUACUUAAGAACUAUCCCAAUAUGAUUGUAGAAAAAUGUGCUUGCCGGUGAGGGCCGAAAAAAGUGUACCACGUUGAAGAACAUUUCAAAAUGAAAGCAUCUUUCUGAACUCUAACAUAAUCUUGAACAAAAUACUCAGUGUUAAUAACCAUUUCUUCCUGUAAGUAUUGUUUCAUUUUCAUUUGUUUGUGUAUGUGUUAGAUUAAAGUAGAAGUUUUAAUUUGUAUGUUUCCUAAGAAAAGAAAUUCUAAAUGAAAAAUAAAUAAAUAAACAAAUAAAAGAACUCUUCGGUAUAGAAGUUGAAUCAAUGCAUUACAACACUCUUAUUCAAUUCAUUUAUUUUUUUAAAUCCACAUUCAGCAAAAUUGUUUUUAAAAGACAGCAUUAGCCGAACGAAUACUAAAACUGUGUAAUAACGAAGCUAAAUUUUAAAAGGGAGAUACAAAAUGUAAAGAAGUUAAUAAUCAAGUUUCAUUGUUAAACAUGAAACAAUUUGUAGCUAGAAAGCUUAAGGAAUAUUAAACCAAUGGAAACAUUCAAUAACUAGUAUGUUGUGGUCAUCACAAAACUUUCUUCUUAAUUCUGAUUCCUCCCCAUGCUUGACGAGGAAGCAAUAUUCCCAACAAAAACAAAAUUACACACACCAAAACUUGACGACCAUCCCAUUUCCCGAUUUAUCUCAAAAGCAAAGCAAAGAAUAAAAAUUGAAAAUUAUUUUAAAAGCCUUGCUUAAAAUAAUUACAAACAUUUAUUUGUUAACAAACACAAAAUGGCAACAGUUAAAAAGUUUUAAUCAUCGCGAUUUUCUGGUCAUUU